GUAGUGGGCUGGGAUCCCAGGCCACAGAGCGCCCCGCGGGGUACCUGGCUGCCACACCGAUGCCCUGGACACCCAGCGUGGGAGCUCGGCUGUUUUUGCCCGGUCCUCGGGCUGCUUUGCCCCUGCAGGACGCCCUUGACGUUGCUUUCGGAAGGCGUGUGUUUUUUAGUUGGAUAUUGGAGGUUUUACUCCAAAACAGCUCAUCUCCGUGGUGUGGAGUCAUUAAAACCUGAGCGCGUAGGUGGAGCAGGACAGACCCGGGAGAGGCAGGGCUCCAUCGCACAGCUCUCAACGUGGAUCUUCCCAACCCUUACACCUUGUAGGGAUAUUUUCCCCCUCUCUUCCUACCGUUUUGCAAUUGAAUCCAAUAACAGUGUCACUAUUUUCUAGUAGAGAAUUAUUUUACAGUUGGCUCUUACCAGUCGAGCGUCAGAAUAAAUUCCAACGCCUUCCAAAUGGUAGUUUGCCAUUGGUGUAAGUGGGCUGUCAGGAAGUUUUUUGUAUGAGCAGAAUAUCAUGUAGCAGUAUUUUAUUUUUGUAAUGUGGUUUGACGUGUUCGUUAUGUGUCUUAAUUUAUUACCUAUUUAUUCAGCACCUCCCACGUGGAGAUGCCCCUUGUUUGGCUAAGAUUGUUGUUAGCUGACUUCCAGUCAGUCCUGACUCACAGCGACCCUGCACAACAGAAUAAAGAAUGAAACUGGAAUCUUCUUUCCCGAGUUGCUGCAGUACUUACUCAAAGAGACCAUGGACAGAACAGCCAUGAUGGAGGAGUGCAGUUUAUGCAUGAGAGCUUACAAUUGCGACUACUGACCCCUACCUUUCAAGGGAUCAGCGGAUUGUUGCUGAAACAGCAUUUAAUUCAGAACCCAAUCAGUCUCUGGAAAAUUUUAGGUGGCACCUACUAUUUUAACACCUCAAGGAUAAAGCAGAAGAAUAAGGACAAUGACAAAUCUGGGGCAAAGACCCCUGAAGACGAUGAAGAGGAAGGGAAGCGGAAAGAGCGAGAAGACCAGAUGUACCGGGAGCGGCUGCGUACCUUGUUCAUCAUUGCAGUCGUCAUGAGCCUGCUCAACUUCCUCAGCUCCAGCGGUGGCAACAUCUCCUGGAACGACUUUGUCAAUGAGAUGCUGGCCAAGGGUGAGGUGCAGCGCGUCCAGGUGGUACCCGAGAGUGACGUGGUGGAGGUCUACCUGCACCCCGGGGCCGUGGUGUUCGGGCGGCCGCGACUGGCCUUGAUGUACCGGAUGCAGGUCGCAAACAUCGACAAAUUUGAAGAGAAGCUUCGAGCGGCUGAAGACGAGCUAAAUAUCGAAGUCAAGGACAGGAUUCCAGUCACCUACAAGCGAACAGGAUUCUUCGGAAAUGCCCUGUACGCCUUGGGGAUGACGGCCGUGGGUCUGGCCAUCCUUUGGUACAUCUUCCGCAUGGCUGGGAUGACGGGCCGGGAAGGUGGAUUCAGCGCUUUCAAUCAGCUCAGAAUGGCUCGUUUCACUAUUGUGGAUGGAAAGAUGGGGAAAGGAGUCAGCUUCAAAGACGUGGCAGGAAUGCAUGAAGCCAAACUAGAAGUCAAAGAGUUUGUGGAUUAUCUGAAGAGCCCCGAACGCUUCCUCCAGCUUGGAGCCAAGGUCCCAAAGGGUGCACUGCUGCUCGGCCCCCCUGGCUGUGGGAAGACCCUGCUGGCCAAGGCAGUGGCCACCGAGGCCCAGGUGCCCUUCUUAGCAAUGGCCGGCUCUGAGUUUGUGGAGGUCAUCGGAGGCCUCGGCGCUGCCCGGGUGCGGAGCCUCUUCAAGGAAGCCCGCAACCGGGCCCCCUGCAUUGUGUACAUCGAUGAGAUAGAUGCUGUGGGCAAGAAGCGCUCCACCGCCAUGUCCGGCUUCUCCAACACCGAGGAGGAGCAGACGCUCAAUCAGCUUCUGGUGGAGAUGGAUGGAAUGGGCACGACUGACCAUGUCAUCGUCCUGGCAUCUACAAACCGGGCUGACAUCCUGGAUAACGCGCUGAUGCGGCCUGGCCGGCUCGAUCGCCACGUCUUCAUUGACUUCCCCACCCUGCAGGAGAGGAGAGAGAUCUUUGAGCAGCACCUGAAGAGCCUGAAGCUGACCCGGGCAAGCAGCUUUUACUCACAGCGUCUGGCAGAGCUGACACCUGGAUUCAGUGGUGCUGACAUUGCAAACAUCUGCAACGAGGCUGCACUGCACGCUGCACGGGAGGGCCACACGUCCAUCCACACGUCCAACUUCGAGUACGCUGUGGAGCGCAUCUUGGCAGGCACUGCCAAGAAGAGCAAGAUCCUGUCGAAGGAAGAGCAGAGGGUAGUUGCAUACCACGAGUCGGGCCACGCGCUGGUUGGCUGGUUACUGGAGCACACAGAGGCUGUGAUGAAGGUAUCCAUUGCUCCACGGACCAACGCAGCCCUGGGCUUCGCGCAGAUGCUGCCGCGGGACCAGCACCUCUUCACCAAGGAGCAGCUCUUUGAGCGAAUGUGUAUGGCGUUGGGAGGCCGUGCCUCCGAGGCCAUCUCCUUCAACAGGGUCACUUCUGGGGCACAGGAUGACCUGCGGAAGGUCACCAGGAUCGCCUACUCCAUGGUGAGACAGUUUGGGAUGGCACCCAGCAUCGGCCCCGUCUCCUUCCCUGAUGCCCAGGAGAGCCCGACUGGGAUUGGCCGGCGCCCCUUCAGCCAGGGCCUCCAGCAGCUGAUGGACCAUGAAGCAAAGCUGCUGGUGGCAAAGGCCUACAGGCACACAGAGCAGGUGCUGCAGGACAACCUGGACAAGCUGCAGGCGCUGGCCAAUGCGUUGCUGGAGAAGGAAGUGAUAAACUACGAGGACAUUGAGGCCCUCAUCGGCCCACCGCCCUACGGGCCCAAGAAGAUGAUCAUGCCCCAGAGGUUUCUCAAUAAAGCAGGAAACUUUAUCAGCAACUUAUUCAGUGCAGGACACAGGCCUCCAAAUAUCUCAUUGAGUGUCACAACUGCCGAUAGAGUUUUACGAGGAAGAUGCCUGGACCGUGAAUGUUCCAAAUGGAUGGGAGGGGAAAUAGACUGCAACGAGAAUCCACAUUUCCUUAAAGCCUGCCUGCCUUUGCGCCCCUCAACCACCGUGUCCCAUAAACAUGCAAAACAGUGAAAUUCCCAGAAUCCUAACCGUGAGUUCCCUGAGUUCAAACCGCCACUUUUUCCCUUUAUCUCCUACGAUGGCUGCACUUUUAUUCGCGUAAUUAACUUUACAAAUGCAGGAAUCGCCCCGU